AUGGAGGGCAACGGGGAAGCAGCAGUAGCAGCUGAUGCUGAAACCUCAGAGUUGAUCAUUCCAGCCCCGCUGACGGGUGUCCUGCGGCCGCAUCAGAUUGAUGCAUUGCACUUCUUGUGGCGGAAACUGGUUGACGACGGCGUGCAACGUGUAAUACACGAGAGCAGGGCAGCUCCGCUUGUGGAGCGAGUGCGGCUUUACCAAGAAGUGUUUGGCUGCAUCAUUGGCCACUCUAUGGGUCUUGGCAAGACCGUCACUGCGUUGAGUUUCCUGCUGCUUUUGCAGCAACACUUCGCUGCUGCUCCUGCUACGACGAUAGUGACGGCGCCGGCGAUACGUGCCCUUGUACUGACGCCGCGCAGCUGCACAUACCAGUGGCAGUGCAGCGUGGCGGAGUGGAUGCUGCCUACGCUUUUUGGUGAUACCCAGCUUCCCGUCUACGCCCCACUCGGCUCCCGCGCGACAGACGCCAUCGUUUUGGACUUCUACCGGAAUGGGGGCAUUCUUCUUCUCGGGUAUGAGGAGUACCAGAAGCUGCUUCAGCGGUGGAAGGAGAUAAUAGCGGAGGCGCCGCCACAUCGACGUGUUUAUUCCAUUAUGGAUCGUGCGCGUCCACCCCUGCCGCUUAGCAGCCACGUGCACCUGUUGGAGGCACUGGAGAGUGCUGACGUUGUGAUCCUCGACGAGUCGCACCGGCUGAAGCGGACGAACUCGAAGCUUGUCGGCGGUCUCGCGCAGCACCUGCGCGGUGUGCAGCUGCGCGUGGCGCUCACAGGAACACCGCUGCAGAACCACCUCGAGGAGUAUAAUGUCAUGUAUUCGGUCGUGACGGGCUGCAGCAUGGACACGGCGCCAUUUCGCCGCCUCUUCACCACCCCGAUCGAGCGCGGCCAGUGUGCCGACUCAACGUACCAGCAGUUUGUGGAGAUGCAGAAAUGCGUCGCCUCGCUGCGCCGCUUCUUUGGCGCGACGAUGCACCACUGCGGGCCGGAGGUGCUCGAGCGUGAGCUGCCCCCGCGGCGCGAGUACAUCUUCCUUGUUGGGCUGUCGCCACGGCAGGAGGUGGCGUACCACGCCAUGCUCCGAGGCUACGCGCGGGACGUGAAUACGCGCAAUAUCCUCUCGCUACACCACGAGGCCUCGCACGUCUGCUGCCACCCCGCGCUGACGCGGCGGCGCGCACGAGAGCUGACGCAUCCUUCGCAUCGAGUCGCGCCCAUCAAAUUGGAGAAUGCGAGUGGCAAGGUGGAUGGUGACGACCGCGGCGGCGUGGGGGAUGACACUGAUGGUGGUGAUGAUGGAGACAGAUCAGAUUGGAGUAGUUAUUCCUCCUACACGUCAUCUCGCUCGUCAUCUCGCUCGUCAUCUCGCUCGUCAUCUCGCUCGUCAUCUCGCUCGUCAUCUCGCUCGUCAUCCCGUUCGUCAUCUCGCUCGUCAUCCCGUUCGUCAUCCCGUUCGUCAUCCCGUUCGUCAUCCCGUUCGUCAUCCCGUUCGUCAUCCCGUUCGGCAUCCCGUUCGUCAUCCCGUUCGUCGUCCCGCUCGUCAUCACGCUCGCCAUCUUGUGAGGAGUCUUCACCCGACUUGGACAACGCGGGCUUCGACGCGGUGCUGCAGCAGUUGGACACAGCAGAGUCCCCCAAACUGAUGAUCACGUUGUCCCUCCUGCGUCGCAUUAGUGAGGAGCUGCAGGAGAAAGUGGUGCUCUUCUCCACCUACAGGAGCCACCUGUUCCUCCUGGGGCAGCUGCUCCAGCGACAAGGACUUGUGGCCGAUGUUUUACACGGCGGUCUCGAUGUGCAGGAGCGCCAGCGAGUCAUUGAACGUUUCACGAACGAUCCUUCACGGCGCGUACUUCUGUGCUCCACGAAGGCCAGCGGUGUUGGAAUCAAUCUGGUCGCUGCUAACCAUUGCAUUCUAUUCGACGUGAGCUGGAACCCUGCUGAUGACACUCAGGCAACGUAUCGUCUCUAUCGCUAUGGCCAGAAACGGCCCUUGACGAUCUAUCGCAUCGCAACUGAUGGGACUUUUGAGCAUGUUGUUUUCUUCUACGCUUUGGGCAAGUCGUGGCUUCACAAGAAAAUCGUGGACGUGGCGGAUCCCACACGGUACGAACGCCAUAUGAAAGAUAAUUACUUUAUUUAUCCUUGCGAUGUGCCAAUUGAUUUUGAGCGGAAUGAUGGGAAACGUGAAAGGCGCACACCACUUCCAAACAAUGACGCUGUGCAGCAGCACUGGCGGGAGUACGCAGCCCGUCACUGCCCGGCCUUCGCGCUUACGGCCCCGGACAAUACCUUUGCGUGGGUGCGCUCCAUCGCUGAGCACUCCUUUUUGCUGCGCGAUAACACGGAGGAGGCGAUUCGGGAGAUGGGCAAGCGGUUUGAAUUAGAGCGGCAGAUCUCGCGCUUGCCGGUUGCCAUGGAGAGCGCAGCCACACAGGAACUCUUUGCGCGGAAAGAGGCCUGCUCGCUACUGGAAAGGUGUGAGCCUCAGCUGCACGUUUACUUGCGUGCGUGCGUCGACCACAUGACGCUGAUAGCAGAGCGGCAGAUGGCGACAGAGGGCGGGGCGGCAGGCUCUUUAGCGACGCAGGAUGUUCUUUGCGGGCUGUUCGCGACCCUUCUUGGUGUGUGCGAGUCAGCGGGUGGACUGACAGAAAUUGUCGCCCUACUCUUUCACCGCGGCGUAGGGCAGGUCAUGCGGGAGACAAUAAACAGGCCAGCCUACGCGAAGCUGCGUGCUCUGCUUGGAAGCAGGGCGGCGAUGGACUCCGCGGCGGAGGACUCCCUGCUGGAUGCGCUAUGCUUCCGCCCGUGUUCCCUUUUCGCACGCAUGACACCCAUUGAGGUGACGUACACGCUGACGGAGAUGGGACUCACGCGGCCGUUUGUGCCGCACUGCAUUCUUCUUGGCGUUCGGCUCACACUGAGUAAGAGUUCGGCGAUGCGGGAAACACUGCAGGCGCUUCAAUGUCUCCUCGCCGCCCCUAGCGACCCCCAAAACAACAUCGGCAACAACCCGCAGAAUGACGACCCGGCUGACGAGUGUGGGCGUGCGGAGGUGGCGGUCCAGCGAUGCCUGGAGGCGCUCUGGCCGCCGUUCGCUGGGUUGAUGCUGCCGCAGCUCCCGCCUGACGUGGCAGCGAAGCGGCGCCUCACGGAGCGCGCGUACCGUGCCGCACGGGACCGUGCAGGCGGCUUCCUGUCGGUAAAAGAGGCGGCGAAGUUCCUCGGAUUGCGCGCCGUCCGCGGGCGGCGUGAGUUGUACUACUGUAGGCGUUGCAGCGACAGCUUACUCGACCGUGCACAGCCGGACUUUCUGCUCAAAUGCAGCCGAUGCCACUACAACGCGGAGUUCGACGUGCAGACGCACACUAGCACCCGUCACGCGUGUGUGCUGUACCAGAUUUCCGCUCUUUGUGGGCUGCUUGACGCGUUCUCCGUUUCGCGCAGCUUCACGACGGCGUUCGUGCCGAGCGUGUGCCGUGAUGUACUGCAGGUGCUGCGGCAGCUGCGUCAUUCCCGCACGGUGCACAUCUCGCCGGAAUUUAUCUCCGACGCGCUGAGAAUCGGCAUCGACGUGCUGGUGGACGGCCUGCCGGUGUCUACACUCGGCCUCGUGUGCCUUCAGUGCGGCGUUGCGGAUGCGGCGGCGCUGAAAGAACUGCUGGCGGCUGACUCGUGCGGCGUGUGGUCGACGAUGCUGCGCAGCCACGUGAGACAGGAGGUGGCGGAUUGGCUCAAGAGGGAAAUGGAGGUGAGUUCGGGGCCGCAGAUCACGACGAUGCCAGAAGUGGUCGUGGCGCUGGGGCUGCAGCGCAUCGCACAGAACUUCAAUGGGGGCGGUGUAUACGCGAGAGAUCUGCUGCUUGGAAGUGCGCAGUCGCAAGAGGCGUCUAUGCUGCGGUUCAUGUGCGACGGGCUCGUGAUUCUUCAGUAUGCGCAACGACUGCUGGCAAACCCACUCACUCGGGCGUCGUUGGAUGCCUUGAUGAUGGAAUGCGACACGCUAAGCAGCAGCAGCAGCAGCAGCAGGGGCGGUAGAAGCGGGAGCAGAGGUAGAAGAGACAGCGGGAGAGACCACAAAGGAAAGCACUCCAGGAACGGUGGUGACCACAUCAGCAGCAGCAGCAGCAGAAGCGGUGAUGCUUCAAACUCUUCCACAUCUGCUAGUAUUGCUUCUGUCGCUCGCCGUGCUCGCGCGCGGAAACGGCAGAGGCGUUCAUCAGCUUCCGACUCUACUCGUGACUCAAGUGCAUCGUCGACGUUCAAUUCCUGCUACUCCGACGAUGAGGUUGAUGACAGCAGCAAAUCUUCGAAUGAGAAGAGUCUCGGCGAACGCGCACACCGAGAGCUGAUAGAGUCGGAGGAGGUGCUGCGCCUGCGCUCAGUGCAUUACUGGGCGGCUUACUGCGAAGUGUACGGCACCAGCAGCGUGGAGUCACUCACGGUCAUGGUGGAGGAUGAGGAGAACGGGAUGAGCAUUCUGCCGCCGCCGCCUAACAGCUUCUGGGUGAGCGAAGUGAAGCGUGGCACGCGUGAGGGCAUGCAGCUGACGAGCGUGACCAAUGAGUUCCUCAAGGGAGUCACGGCGUUGGGGGCGGCGGUGCGUGUCAUUAAGUGA